CAAAAAAGAAAAGGAAAAAAAAAAAAGUUUGUGUUGUUCAGAGAGAGAGCGAAAGAGAAAUUGAAGGAUGAGGAAGAGAGCAGCGUUGUUGCUGGUGCUAUGGCUGGCUAUGUCGGUGGGGACUUGGGGUGAGGAUCAGAACGCCGAAAACAAUGAUUCAUGGACUGGCUGGGCCCGUGACAAGCUCACAGAGGGAGUUGGACUCAAAGGUGGGGAAGCAGGCUCUAAGUCCGCUGAAAGAGCGAACAAAGCAGCCUUCGUUCAAAAGUUUUUAGAAGGAGCUAUAUACUCUCUUGAAAAACAUCAAACAGCCAAAGCUGAAGAGCUGAUGAAAGGAGCUAUGGAGUAUCUUUAUCAUGAUAACACAAUAAAAGAUAAAGCAGCCAAACUUGAGGAGUUCAUGAAAGAAGCUAUCAAGUAUCUUGAGCAAGAUAUGGUAGAAAAAGCAGAAAACGUGGUGAAAGGCGCUGUGAUGUAUCUUAAAGGCGAUGACGAAGACAACGAUGAAGGGAAGGGGAAAAGAGCGAAAUAUCUUGAAAAGGAUGAAAAGGAGAAAGUAGCAGCAGGAGUAAAUAAAGCAACCCUUGUUGAUUCGUUUCUGGAAGGAGCUUUAGCCUAUCUUGAACAACACCAAGGGGCGAAAGCUAUAGAUAUUAUGCAGGGAAUUGUACUGUAUGUUGCUCAAUCUGACGAAAUAAAAGAUAAAGCAGCCGCUGCUGAAGAGAUGAUCCAAGGAGCUUUGACGUAUCUUCAAGAGGACAAACUAGAGAAAGGUACGGAGAUGAUCCGUGAAGCUGCGAAGUAUCUUGAAAACGACGAGGAUUACAAAGCAGCAAUUGGCAAGGGGAAAGGAGCGAAGUAUCUUGAAAAAGGUAAUGCAGAAAAAGGAAUAUUGAAAGCACAUUUUGUUGAAGAGGUUCUAAAGGGAGCUAUGUCCUAUCUUCAAGCAAAUCAUUUGGUCAAAGCUAAAGACGUAAUUCAAGGAGUGCAACAGUUUAUUGCUCAGGAUAAUACAUUAAAAGAUAAACGUGCCACAGCUGAACAAUUGCUCAAUGGAGCUUUUGGCUAUCUUGAACAAGAGAAAUCAGGGAAAGCGCAAAAAAUAAUCCAAGAAGCGAUAGACUUGAAAAUGACAAGGAUGUCAAAGAAGCAAAUAAA